AUGAAACUUCUCGUUUCCCUGCUUGUUCUGGCUGGAGUUGCUGCAGCUGCCAGAAACGGAAUUGACUUCAUUCAACCGGUUUCUGUUGCUACAUUCCAAUGUAUUAAGAAGGACGGAUACUCUUUUGUGAUUCCAAGAGUCUUCACUUCAGUUGGAACUCUUGAUCAUACUGGAAUCCAAAAUGUCAAGAAUGCCAGAGCUGCUGGAAUCACGGACGCUGAUGGAUACAUCUUCCCAUGCUUGGCCACUCAUUGCCCAUCUGCUGCCAACCAAGUCAAGCAAACUUUGGAUGCUUUGAAGGGUGCUGGAACUCACGUCUCCACCCUCUGGCUUGACAUUGAACGUCUCGCCUGGCCAGCCAAUCAUGGAAGCAACCGUGCAUUCAUUGAGGCAAUGGUCAAGGAGGCUGAAGCUUUGAAACAACAAGUUGGAAUCUACAGUAACUACUACAACUGGCAAGAUAUUGUAGGAUUGGACUACCACGGAUUGUCUCAUUUGAUGCUCUGGUGGGCUGAGUACGAUGGAGAGAAGGACUUUGGAAAGUUCAGAGCUUUUGGAGGAUGGACUCGUCCAACUAUUCAUCAAUGGCAUGGAACUGAGACUGGACCAUGUGGAGUCAGUGUUGAUUUGAACUAUGUUCCGUAA